GUAAGUCUACGACUCUACGCAGUAAAAAUAGUUUGGUAAAGGAGAAGAGGAAACAAAAAGAAAAAAGUAAAAAUCUGAAAGCAAUAAAUUGGUUGAUUAGGGUUUGUGGAUGUUCUUUUACUGCGUGUGUUUGUAUAUAUAGCCUCUAUCAACUUCACUGUGCUCAAACCUCACAACUUGCUAUACUUCGCCGCCUCAGCAAAAAUGGAGCAAACUUUCAUUAUGAUUAAGCCUGAUGGUGUUCAAAGAAAUCUGGUAGGUGAGAUCAUUGGCAGAUUUGAGAAGAAAGGUUUCACUUUGAAAGGUCUUAAGCUAAUUACUGUGGAUACUGCUUUUGCUGAGAGGCACUAUGCCGAUUUAUCUGCCAAGCCCUUCUUCAACGGACUGGUGGAGUACAUCGUUUCUGGACCUGUUGUUGCAAUGGUUUGGGAAGGUAAGAAUGUUGUGGCCACAGGCAGGAAGAUCAUCGGAGCCACCAACCCUGCUGAGUCUGCUCCGGGGACCAUCCGUGGCGAUUAUGCUAUUGAUAUUGGCAGGAACGUUAUUCAUGGCAGUGAUGCUGUUGAGAGUGCGAGGAAGGAGAUUGCUCUUUGGUUCCCAGAAGGAAUUGCAGAAUGGAAGAGCAGCGCGCACCAUUGGAUCUACGAGUAAAUUUCCUGAAUUCGACCCGUGCUGUAUUAUUGCAGGGAGUCAUGAGUCUUUACUUCAAAUUGAGUUGUUAGAACAUUGGAUUUGCAAGUUUGUUUCCCUUGAGCUUUUGGUACUUUGAAUUUGAGUUUGUUUGGCUUGCAUGGAACAUUUCAAUGUCUAAUGACUGUUAUUAUAGUUAUGAGCUAGUUUUUAA